AUGGCCGAGGAUGCCAAGCGCAAGAGCGAUGGCCCUGAAGCAGAUGCCAAGAGGCAGAAGGGGGACAAGGGUGAGGUCAUGUCACUUGAGCAAGUGCUGGCCAAGCGGAAGGAGGAGAGCAAGGUUCCAAAGCUGAAGUUUGUAUCCAAGGGCGACCGCGAGAAGAAUACACAGAAGGAGCAAGAAAAGCAGAAAGCCGAUCAGAAAAAGAAGGCGGAGGAGGCCUCGAAGCGACGCAAGGACUUUCUGCUUCAGGAGGAAAUCGAGCGCGAGCGCGAGCGCCAGCGGGAGCGCGAGGAGCGCGAGAAGGAGCGCAAGCGAAGAGAGGAGGAGCGGGCCCGGGAGCGCGAAGAGCGCGAGAAGGAGCGGCUGAAGCAGCGCGAGGAGAAGGAAGGCUUGAUGCAGACGAGCUCCCUCGCGGAGAUGAACCUGCUGAAGCUUCCUGACCAAGAACGCCGCGAGCGACAAGCCGAGAAGGAGCUCGAGCUGAUCAAGCGCCACUAUCUUGGCAUGAAGGAGAACAAGAAGAAGAUGCAAAAGCCAUCCGAAAAGUUCAGGAACAUCUUCAACUUCGAGUGGAACGCCGACGACGACACCAUGCGAGGUGACAACAAUCCGCUCUACACCAAGCGCCUCGAGCCGCAGCUGCUCUUCGGUCGCGGCUACCGCGCCGGGAUCGACGUCCGAGAGCAGCGCAAGAACAACAGUUUCUACGAAGAGCUGAUCGCCAAGCGUGCGGAGUACUCUGGCGAGGACGUGUCAGCCUUCGUGCAGCCCUCCAAGGAGCCCUUGUCCUUCAAGCAGCGGGACAUCGAGGAUAAGGACAUCAACAAGACGCAUUGGACAGAGAAGCCGGUGGCCGAGAUGACCACUCGUGACUGGCGCAUCUUCCGUGAGGACUUUCAGAUCUUCAUUCGCGGAGGGCGCGUGCCCGUGCCCAUGCGGGUCUGGUCUGAGGGUCCGCUUCCCUGGGAGCUGCUAGAAGCCGUCACGAAAGUGGGCUAUGCCAGGCCCACGCCCAUCCAGAUGCAGGCGAUUCCGAUUGCUUGCCAGUGCCGCGAUCUCAUUGCAGUGGCAGAGACCGGCAGUGGCAAGACGGCAGCCUAUGUUCUUCCGAUGCUGUCCUACGUCAAGAAGCUCCCGAAGCUUGAUGACACGAGCGCACAGGAUGGGCCUUAUGGCAUCGUGCUGGCGCCUAGCCGCGAGCUGGUGAUCCAGAUCGAGGAAGAGGCUCGCAAGUUCGCCGCCUUCUGCGAUUGCCGGAUGGUCAGUGUCGUGGGUGGCAGAGAUGCGGAGCAGCAGGCCUUCACUCUGCGGCAGGGCGUGGAAGUUUGCAUGGCCACGCCCGGUCGUCUUUGUGACUCCCUCGACAAGAGGCAUACGGUGCUCAACCAGUGUACCUACGUGGUUAUCGAUGAGGCGGACAAGAUGGUGGACCUCGGAUUCGAGGACUACGUCCGCCGCGUGCUCCUCGCCAUCCCAGCCUCCAACAUGAAGGCGGACAAGGAGGAUGACGCCGAGAAGCAGGAGGAGGAUGCCCAAGUCGGCAAGAAGAAGUACCGAAUCACUCAGAUGUACAGUGCGACGAUGCCGCCCGCCAUCGAGCGAAUGGCACGCAGUUUUCUGCGGUGUCCGGCCAUCAUCAAUGUCGGUGAUCCCGGGCAAGCGAAAAAGGACAUCGAGCAGCAGCUGGAGUUCAUCAGCGAGGCCAAGAAGAAGAAGCGUCUGGAGGAGAUGCUUGUCGGCGCUGAACCGCCAAUCAUCGUCUUUGUAAACCAGAAGAAGGCCGUGGAUGUGUUGUCCAAGUCUUUGGACAAUAACGGCUACAGAGUUUGCUCUAUCCAUGGAGGUAAGAGCCAGGAGCAACGAGAGUGGGCCAUGAACUCCUUCAAGGAGGGCAGGUACGACAUUUUGGUGGCCACCGAUGUGGCUGGGCGCGGCCUGGACAUCGAGGGUGUGCAGAGAGUGAUCAACUUCGACAUGCCGAAGACGAUCGAGGACUACACGCACCGAAUCGGUCGAACUGGCCGAGCAGGUCUGAAAGGAUUGGCGAUUUCAUUCGUCACCCCGGAGGACUCCGAAAUCUUCUAUGACCUCACGAAUUUCUUGAAGAGCUCAAAUCAAGUUGUGCCGCCAGAGUUGGCCUCACACCCCGCCUCAAAGUUCAAGCCGGGCACGGUCAACGAGCACGGGCAGGUCAUGGGCCGGAAGCUGGUUGACCAAGUCGUCUUCGCGAAGAAGUGA